AGUUUAGUAUAAAUUGUUACUAUAAAUUGUUUGUAUCGUCAUGAAUAGCUUAAAAAUUUAUAAAAUUUACGAAAAUCAAAUGAUUUUCGAUAAAAUCAAGUUUAUAGAGUAAAUCAAUUACUUAUUAACAAAAAAAAAAAAAAACAAAUUUCCAAAAAUUUAAUAAUAUACAAAAUUAUGAUAAAAUAUUGUUUAUACAUUUUGUCAUAACCUAAAGCAAUAUGUAAUAGCAUAUCCCUAUAUACUCUCUUGUUUGAUUGAAAUGGAAACUACAUAAUUACAUUGAUUUCGUUGUCAUUAAUUAUAUUACACAUUCACAUAUAGUACUGAAAAAAAUAUUGUUCAUCAAAAAAAUAUUGAAUCCCUAUAAAGUUAUUUUCACAAAUAAUCGAUAAUUUUAUUAUCAUUCUUUUCCAAUGAUCAUAGACUGUUAUAUGACAUAACAUUCAAUAUCAUAGAUCUACUUUAAUGUAAGAAAAAUGGCUACUUGGGUUGAAGACGAAAUUGGACGAAAGUGGGAUCGGUGUUUUACGGAUGCUAUAUUUAAAUUUGGAGGAGGAAUUCUUCUUGGUGGAGUAUUCUCCUUAUUUUUUUUCAAACGAAGAAAGUGGCCUAUCAUAACUGGGGCAGGUUUUGGAUUAGGUAUGGCAUAUGCUAAUUGUCAAGAAGAUUUGAAUUCAGCCAUAAGACAACAACAAAAAAGGGAUUGUACUAAAGUAGAUGAAGGAAUAAAAAAUUCUUAGCAAACUUUCUGUAAAAACAAAUUGUUAUUCUGUUAGCAGGCAACAUACAAUAUAUCAAUAAACUAGACGAACUUGUAUUAUAGUGUCAUACAAAAUAAACUUUUUCAUAAUUUUAA